AUGGCGCUAGCGAAGUACAGCGCAAUUUAUAAGCAGGAGGGCAUCCUCUUCCUGGUUCUUCUCCUAUACUUGAGCCUAUUCUUUGCGUGGCUGCAAACUAAUGUUCACUUCGUUAAUGAGGGGCAUUUGAAGAGACUGCAAGUUGUAGGAGCAAAGACCAUUUCCUACGCGCCACAUUUCAAAGGUCCAGUUUCAGCAGAGGAGGCCGCUAAGAGGGUCCUGGAUAUCGUAGAAAGAUCAACGUUAGAGGAUGAAAAAGCAGCGACUGCAAUCUCUCAAACGGGUACUGAUAAAUUGAUGUAA